AGCAGUAGUAUCGUGACUGGCGUAUCGUUCGCGUGCGCGUUCAAUCGCAGCUGUGCUUCCGCGGUUGAAUCGUGGAUCGCUUCGCGCUGUUUGGAGUUUAAUAUUGCAUUGAACCUUACUGCACACUAUCCUCCCUACGGUCUCUGAUCGGUACCGUGUGUCUGUGUGUUAGUGGCAGUGGGUCGAAAAGUUGUUGCUGCUGCUGCUGUUGUUGGUGUUUUUUUGUUGGCACUGUUGAUGAAAACAGUAUAACCCAGUGCAGCGGUUGGUUGUUUCACAUGGUGUAGUAUUAUUUCGGUUCGGGAAAUGAUUAUUAUUUCUGUGCUACUAUAAUCGUGCGGCUUCCGAAGGAAAUUUGUGUGAAGAAAUUUUCCUCAAGGCAGUGUUGUAAAGGCGAAUUCAGGGCAGUGUGUUACGUUUGUCGAUACAGAAUCAAGCAGGAAGAUUAACCGCAAAUCUUCACCUGGUCGUUUAUCUGGAUUAUUCACUGCCGCCCUCCGUAUCGUCCCUAGAGCAAGUGUAAACCGAAUAGAUAAAAAAAUAGCUGUUAAACCACAGUGUGAUGAUAACUUGGAAGAUAAGAGUUUUCUGCGGUAAAAGUGCUGAUUUCUUAACGGAGCAGAGCUUAUGAAAUUUGCAAGACAAAAUAGCGAACGAGCAUGUGAAUUGAGGAAUUAGCGAUUCUGGAUGUGCAAAUUUAGAAGAUCGAGCAAGUUAAGUACCCGCAGUUAAAAAGUGUCAUACGGUAACAGAUGGUACCGCAUUCUGAACUGUGUUGAUAAGUGUCUUACCCUAACGAAAUCCACAAAAAAGUGCCUGCAAGUCACAAAACGAUGCCCGCCGCAUGCCGGCCCAAUGAACUGGCACCGACUUAGUGACAAGCUUUCGCCUUUCAAGAUGAUGGCCUCAUCGAAAAAGGUCGACUACCUUUCGUCGACCCCGACGUCGACGGCGACUCCCUCCUCGACCAGCCAGCCGGACAGUCUCGAUCUGGACUACGACAUGUGGCAGGGCCAGUUCGAGUUUGUCGGGCCCACGCUGGACUCGAACGCCAUCAACGGUAGCUGCCUCACGCUGACCAGCGACGGUCUCAAUCAGCACUCGCGCACCGCUUCAUCUAGUCUGGAAGAUUUACGCUUACACGGGUACUACCCAUCCGAUCAGCCGGUGCUGAUCGACGAGGAAACUUUCCUGAGUCUUCACCCGAAUGACUUCCCCCCUUCCGGUCCGCACUCCGGGCUCUAUUUGGAAGAGUUCAACAACGGUGGCUUCGAAACGCAACAGUUGAACAACAACAAUAACCUAAUCACGAACAAUAACAUACUCAACAACAAGUUGUUGAACGCGAAAACCAACAAUCUGAUCAGCUCGGUCAUUAUUGAGGAGAAGAACGCCAAAAACAAUCUCAUCAAUAACAAUUUGAAGCUGAUCAAUGACAAUCCCGAACUUGGCAACAAAUACAUCCUCAAGUCGAGCAACGGCUGCAGUAAAAUCAAUGGGCUGAUAAAAACAGACCUGUGUGAUAACCUGAAUGAACAACUAGAGAUACUUCAGCGGCAGGUGACGAACCUGGCGGACACGCAGAACAAUGUCGAGGAUCGAACCAGCCGGACCAAGGCGGAGUACGCUGUACUGCAGGCGCGGUACCACAUGCUGGAAGAACAGCUGAGAGAGACGGAGCUGCGAUCAGAGGAGCGGCUAGCCGAAGAGCAGAAGCGCCACCGAGAGCUGCUGGCUCGUGUCGAGAGGGAAGCCAAGUUGCAGAAUGAAAAUUGCCAGAUCCGGAUACGGACCAUUGAGAUCGAGGCGAAUCAGCUGCGGGAGGAAAUCUCCCGGUUGCGAUUACAAUGCGACAAGCAGGCUGCCGAUUUGCAUGCCACCGAGGACAAACUGGAGAAGACCCGCGACAGUCUGAUGGCGGCCCAGCAGGAUUUGGCCGAAGCGAAAGCCAAUGAGAAGAAACACAAAGCCGACAAACAGGCAGCCGAGGACCUGAUGGUCGAACUGGGCAAAGAAUGCGAACGUCUCCGUUCGGAACGGGGCCCUGCGUUACCUACCACCUCACCCGAAUCUCUCCGGUUGGAAGAAUUACAUCAGGAGAUGGAUGAACUGCGACAGAAGAACAAACAACUGGAGGAAGCCAACGAGGAACUGCAAGCAGUGGUAUUGACAAAAGGCGUCGAAGAAGGUCGAAACCUACUAAACGGAACAACCAACAGUCUCGCACAGGAACUGGAAGCCAUGAGCCAGAAUCAGGAUCCCGUCGAUUCGUCCACACUAGCGUCAUUAACACAGCUCCAGGUUGCGUACCAGGACAAGGAGGAAGAAAACCGUCGAUUGAAGCACUACAUCGAAACUAUGCUGCUCCAGGUGGUUGAACACUAUCCGCAGCUGCUGGAGGUUAAGGCAGCAUAAGCGCCAAAGCGUUGUGAAGCGAGAAUGCAACAAAGCAAAGCUGGAGCUCUACUUUUCCAUCCAGCCCCUCUCCGGCGACGGGAGGGGAGGAACGCCGACUAGGAUAAUCAACUUUGAUCCUGUCCUGUAAGGAACAGUUUCGCACGUCUAUUUAAUUUAUGCGUAGGUUGUUUGCUAACGAACAAGUUCAGGAUAGACAUCUUACAAGCAAUAUAUUUUAUACAUAUUUAGACUCUAGGAACUAGACACAUUCUAGCUGGUAGGUUCUUGUCAUGUUUAGCGUCUAGGCUAAUCGAAACUUUUUUUUUUGUAUAUGUGUAUUUUUAUAUAUCAAAACUUUUUUUCUCGUAUCCCUUUGGAACAAGUACCGUCAAAUUUUGUUGUAACGAGUUUUCCACCUGGACAGUAAUGAUAUUGGAAGGAACAAUCAUUGACAAUUUUAUGAGUUUUAGCAGUGGUUCAAUAUUAUGUAACGGAAUUUACACAGAAUUGUUAUGCCUUAUUAACACACAUAUUUCGACUGCUAUCCGAACGAUCAGCAUUGAGUGCUCAAUUUGAAACGACUGCGCUGCACACGACUGGUGAUAUGUACGCCUUUAAUAUCUAUAUUGUUCCAUAAUUCCAAUUCAAAGAGAUACCAAUCUACCCGAAGAACGUAGCAACAAAGCGAUCAAUGGUGCUUUUAGUAAACCGUUAUCAAGUAACUCUUUUCGUUUCCUGUUCUAAUGUUUUGCCGCGCUCAUGUCGCAGAAGAUGUAGGUACUGAAAUCCUCACUCUGAAGUUUUGUAUAUAUUUUUCUGUAUAGGAACGAAAAUACUUGAUUAGAUUAGUGACCAUCUUUAGCCUGACCGCAUUACUUGUAUCAACACCAGUUUCGGGACAGAAAAUGCUUGAAUUCCGGUAGGUUUCGAGUUUACAUGUUUCUACUUACAAUUAAGCAUAGCGAGUGAAUUUGGAACACUUACUUUAGAUUGUCGGUUUACUAACUAACAUAACAACCAAGUUAAUGAUCAACGUUAGGGAGUGCAAAAUACACACAUACACAAAACACUGAAGCAUUAAUAUAUAUAAUAUUAUCUUUCGUGCGGUAAAAACUGCAGAAGAAAAGCAGAAAACAAUAGAUCAAAAUAAGAGUAUGAAUGAAACAAUUUUAAAUUGGAUGCCAAAAUAGCGUUCUACUAACUAAACUGUACUGUAUUAGUAACGAUAGUUAAGGAAAUAAAAUAUACUAAAAACUCUA